AUGUUGUUCAUUGAGAGGAUUUAUGACACAGAAACCUUUGACAUUUGCUUUACACAAAGUUAUAAUUAUAAAAUUCAGUCUGUUAGAGAAGUGGGAGAUAAGUCCACGGAGGAAAAAGAUCGUAUUAGUUAUGACCAUGGUAGUGCAAGUGCAAGUGAUGUAUAUAAUCGGGGAGACAAGCAUGGGGAGGGUAUCACUUAUAGCGAUCUUGGCAAUGUUUAUGAAAGUCUAGGCGAUUUCAAAAAAGCCAUAGAGUGCCACAACCAACAUCUUUUAAUAACUAAAAAAGUAGGAAACAAGCAUUGGGAGGGCUACGCUUAUAAUUGCCUUGGCGAUGCUCAUCGGAGUCUUGGUGAUUUCAAGAAAGCCAUAGAGUAUCUCAACCUAUAUCUUAAAAUAACUGAAGAAGUAGGAGAUAAGAAAGGGGAGGGUAGUGCUUAUGGUGAUCUUGGCAAUGUGUAUUGGAGUCAAGGGGAUUUCAAAAAAGCCAUAGAGUUCCACAACGUACAUCUUAAAAUAGCUCAAGAAGUAGGAGACAAGCAUGGGGAGGGUAACGCUUCUGGUAAUCUUGGCAAUGAUUAUUACAGUCUGGGUGAUUUCAAAAAAGCCAUACAGUACCACAACCUAUAUCUUACAUUAGCUAAUGAGGUAGGAAACAAGCAUGGGGAGAGUAAAGCUUAUAGUAACCUUGGCAAUGCUUAUCACGGUCUGGGUGAUUUCAAAAAAGCCAGAGAGUACCACAGCCUACAUCUUAUGAUAGCUAAAGAAAUAGGAGACAAGCGUGGGGAGGGUAACGCUUAUAGCAAUCUUGGCAAUGCUUAUGACAGUCUGG